AUGGCUUUUGUACACUCUCAUUCUACACCAUGUACGAAAAGUGAAUUAGAUUUAUUCACGGUACCACCAACUCAAGUGGUUAUUGACAAAAGUCAAUGGAUCGAGUAUCAACCGCUAUCAACCAUUUCUUCUUCAGCACCCAUUGAGUUUCAAAUCACUGGGUCAGAAAAUUAUUUGGAUUUAGCAAAAACAAUGCUAUUUAUCAAAGUCAAAGUCACCAAGGCUAACAAUUCGAAUCUUACAACUGAUGAAAAAGUUGGACCUGUCAAUAACUUUCUACAAAGUCUCUUCAAGCAAGUGGAUGUGUUUCUCAAUGGUAUUCAAGUUACACAAUCAACUGGAACCUACAGUUACAAAAGCAUGUUAGAAACACUUCUGAAUUAUGGCUCGUCAGCUAAAAAGUCUCAUCUUACAGCUGGUCUUUAUUACAAAGACACCGCGGGGGAGAUGGAUGAAACCGAUCCAACAUCGGCUGGAGUCAAUGCUGGGCUUAAGACUCGCUAUUCUUUUACUGAAAAAAGCUAUAUCGUGGAUUUAUGGGGACCCCUUCACUGUGAUAUGCUGUUCAGCGACCGCCUUCUCCUUAACCAUGUAGACGUCACCAUGAAACUGAACCCUAACACCCCAGCGUUCGCUUUGAUGUCAGGAGAAGCAAACCCUAAUUACAAGAUCGCAAUUCAAAGUGCUAACCUGAAAGUUCGUGCUGUGAAAGUAAGCCCAGUCUUACAACUUCAACACUUGAACGAGUUAAAGAAGGGGGUGAACGCUAUCUACCCAGUACGGAGAACGGAUUGUAAGACGUAUACCAUACCGAUAGGCAACCCGUCCAUUCACAAAGGAGAUCUGUUUAAUGGCUUAGUACCAAAACGUGUGGUCUUUGCGAUGGUGGACAGUGACGCCUUUAAUGGGAGUUUUACCAAGAACCCGUACAAUUUUAAAUUGUAUGGAGCAACGACUAUCAGUUUAACCAUCGAUGGAGAACAGAUCCCCUUCAAACCGAUUACCCUAAAGCUAGCACGAGCUAGUGAAAUGAACUUUAUCGAAGCAUAUCAGACGUUAUUUUCUGGAAGUGGGCGAUUGUUUUCAGAUUCAGGCAUUGAUAUUGCACGAGAAGACUAUAAUAAGGGAUACGGCAUUCUGGCUUUUGAUUUAACCCCCGACCUCUGCGGUUCUUCAACCCAUUUGAACCAGAAACAGAAAGGGAACGUAUCUCUGGAGAUUCAGUUCAGCACAGGCCUGCCCAACGCAGUUAACCUUAUUGUAUACGGAGAGUUUGAGUCUACAGUCGAGAUUGACUUUUCACGUCACGUCACCUUUGAUUACUCAGCAUGA